CAAAUUUGGCAACAGUAAUAGCCCACGAAAACACAAAACAAGUCGCGACGUUAUGUGAGCAAUCAACUCCGGUUCAGAAAAAGUGUUGAACGAAACCGUGUACGCAAAGUGUCGGUCACCCAGGAGGUGAUUAGUUCGCUCACCAUACGCUGAACCACGCAAAAGAACGCCAUCAAUAUAUCAUCCGGUUCUGUGUAGUUUAUAAAGCCGUGUGUUUACGAGUGAAGAGGAAAAGAGUGCGUAAUUAGGCAACUCCGGGGUGAUUUGCAAGAUUCGGUCCACGUCGCGUCUCAUGAUGAUGACCAACAAUGGAUUCAGCACCGGCGAGGAAGAUUCCCGAGGUCCCGCCGAUCAGAUUUGCUGCCUGCUAGAUGAUGGAGAGCGGUGCCGACAGCAGGCCGGCAAUGCGUCCUACAGCAAACGCAUUCAAAAGACGGUCACCCAGCGCAGAUUAAAACUCAGCAUCGACAGUCACGCUCGACAUAUUUACAUUUGUGAUUUUCACAAAGCGAGGAUUCAGUGCGCACGUACGAAAAGACGCCGCCGGGACUCCGAAGAUGAUAGCAACGAAACGGACACCGAUUUGCCCGAAGUGGACCUUUACCAGCUGCAGGUUAACACGUUACGGCGAUACAAACGCUUCUACAAGGUAUCGACACGGCCCGGCAUCAACAAGGCACAGCUAUCGGAGACAAUCAUGAAGCACUUCAAGACGAUCCCUAUCAAGGAAAAGGAAAUUUUAACUUACUUCAUAUACAUGGUAAAAUCAAACUCGAACAAGCUGGACCAAAAGAACAACGCCAGUGCCGAGGCUACAUGAAAAAGAGCGUCUGCCAUCAGCUGGACAGUGGCUAAGGCACACCAACCUUCGUUUUGUGGUCCAUCGUACUAACUUGUUUUCGUUCGAAUGUUUCUCUCGAUUCGUGUAUAGCUUUAUGGUACAAUUUACACGCAGUGCUGCGUCGUGUGGCUCAGGGUUUGUCAUGUUCGCUCAUAGUUUUGUUGAUAUGUUUCUCCUGCCAUUACGCCGAUGCGUGCGAAAGUGCAAAUCAAGGUAUAAAUUAGGAUAGUGAACAUGAACACAGUUAUAAAGCGAUUUCAUCUCAACUCGAUUACAAACUGGUUUAAUUUUAUUGAUUACUCAUCUAUUGUGAGACUUGAUGACAUGCG